CAUUUCUCAAAUUCUGAAAUUGAAAAGGCUUUGAAAAUCACAAGUUGUUUUUAGUUUGUUUUGUUUCUUAUAUGUUUGGCAUUAAAACUAAUUUGGUAGCAAAGCUUGGCCCACACAGGUUAAUUUUACUCCUUAUUUAUCCUACCUAGUGUGACUGUUCAUACAUUUCAUUGCUGAAAUAUGAAUGUGUUUAAUUACCACGGGGUAAUUGCCAUGGGGUGCUCAGUCCCCACUCAGAAUGUGAGGUUAUAUAUAUACACAUACACACAUACUGUGUACCUUCAAUAGGCAAACACGUGCUUUCUGAAUUCUGAAACAUAUCUGACCUCAGGGGUGUUGGUUAGGGAUCGUGGGUCUUGCACCAUCUACAAAAUUGCACCAUCUUUCAAAAUUCUGUUUUAGUUUGCUUGUAUUGACCAGUCUUCAAAUAGGAAAAUUCAUAUUUGAAAAACAGAAAUGAGGGGGUGAUUAUGCAACAAGUAGGCAUUUACCUAAUCCCUCUAUUUUCAGAAAGGGAGGAUCUGUCUUAUCUUACUUCCUACUCCACCCUAUCUUUACUGUCUGAUCUUCUCCAGGGAAUAAACCUCUGGGCUUCUCGAGGGGAUGAGCAAUUGCCUGACCCUGGAUGUUUGUUUCCCAAGCAGACUUUCCACUGGCCUGCCUGUUAAAGCCCACUUCCAGCCCCAAAUCUUCUAGUGCCUGAAAUUUUAGGGGUUAUGCAGGGUAAAUUGUGUUGACUCAUGGCUUUCUAUAACUCAGGGGAUUUCUGGGGGGGGGGGGGGGAGGUUUGGGUUUGUUUGUUUAUUUGUUUUUGCCAAAUUAACACUUGGUCUUUGCUUUCUAGUUUUCAAAUUUUUGUUACUGUGAUAUUCUGUCUUUUUUCUUAUAAUUUAUGCUUAAAAAUAAUAACAAACUGCCCCCCCCCAAAAAAAAACCUCUUAAAUUUUAGUGGGGUUUCAAGGAGGGAGUGGAAGUUAAAUAUUUGUGCUCCAUCUUCCAUAGUUAUUAGGAAUUAAGUGCUUUAUUUAAAAUAGCUGUGCUUUUUCUUACGCUUCUUUCAUGCAGCUUUAGUUUAUCUUUCUACUAGAUGGUGGGUCUGUUCCAGACAGAAACCAGGGUUUUCAGUGUUUGCUUGAACUCCGUAAGAGUCUUGCUCUCAGAGCCACUGUGAAACUGGACUUGCCUUUGGCCCAGGAUGGGAUGAUUUCAGGGAGGAGCUGACCAGCAACAGGGUCCAAGCCCAGGUAGCUACGGAGGGGAUUCUGACAUCUGGCAAACCUUGCUCUCCUAGAGGCCUUCACCAGUGGCAUUUAUGGAUUUCUAAUGAAUACAUUAGAAUCCACACUGCCAUGCCUUAUCCAAGGGUAUUGUUAUGAUUAUUUUAACAAUGAGAGGGGCAUCUGGGUGGCUCAGUCGGUUAAGUGUCCGACUUGAGCUCAAGUCCUGAUCUCGCGGUCCGUGAGUUCAAGCCUCGUGUCAGGCUCUGUGCUGACAGCUCGGAGCCUGAAGCCUGCUUCAGAUUCUGUAUCUCCCUCUCUCUCUCCGCCCCUCCCCUGCUCACAUUCUGUCUCUCUCUUUCUCAAAAAUAAAUAAACAUUAACAAAAUUAACAAAAAUAUUUUAACAAUGAGUGCAGCAUAAGUAGCGACCCAUUCUGAAACACCUUUAUGCUGUAUUGGUACAAACCGGCUGACCAUCUACCCAGGCUUGUAUUUGGGUUCCAGAAUGUCCCUAGUUUUUCCCAGGCACUGUCUUUAUUAUCUUGCCCUAAUUUCCAGAAUGGAGCUUUAGAAAAAUGGGCUGGGGCUACCCUUCUGCUCCCAGGCUUCCUCCUCAAAGCUUAUAAUCCUCAAGUGCCCUUGUGUACAGAGGCACAUAGAUGCUGUGGAAAAGAUAUGGUCCUCCCCUUGGGGGAGGGGUGUGGCACUGAAAAGAGUAACGGGUGGAAUGUGGGAGGCAGGGAGGCAGAAGCAGGUGGGGCACAGCCUUGUCCAGAGAACAUUCUGCGUGGCGGGCCUCUCCCAGGCCACCAGAGUCCUGUGCAUUUCCUCUGUCAGUUCAGCCAGGUGGAACACAGAGGCCACAUGACUUCUCUUCCCUUGUGCCCCUGCCCCUAACUUCUAGCUUCCUUCCGCCUCCACGUGGCUUCUAGGGGAAGGAGGAGAGAAGAGCAGGGAGGGAGCAGUGUGAGAAGAGAGGAGGACAAGGUCCUACCUCUCACUGGUCAGAUUAUGCAGAAAGGUGACAGCAGGUGCAAGCUGGAGGCACCAGAACAAUCAGGAGUCCACCGCAGAAACAGUUAAGCAGGCAAAGGUAGACGUCUUUCCUGUCCUGUCCAUGCACACCACUUAUAUAACAAGAGGAAUACAUGUGGAGAUAAGACUAAUGUAUGUUUUUGAGUAAAAACAUUAGAUAAUUCUUGGUAGGGAAAGAAGAGACACAGGACUAGAGAGAGUUGCGAAAGCUACUGCCUACAUGUUUGAAAUGGCUCUACGGUGUUAAAGGGUCUUGGGAAGCUCCAUCCUGGCUUCAGACUUUCUGCCAUCUUGGCAUCUCUGGGGUGGAAACCUGGGGCCGAUUCAUAAUCAAGCAUUCCAAAUCCUGGGUUAUUUGGAACCGUAGGUUUGAGGGUUAAGUUCCUGGUUUUCAGUAGCCCCUCUUGUGUACCUCCUCAUUUUCCCAUGUCUUUUAAACAGUGGCAAUUAGAGAAACAUUUGAAUGUAUCUGCAUUUGCCGAAAAUGACCUACAGUUUUCUUUACAUCUGUCUUCGUAGUGGUUUCUGGUGCAGCAAAGUGGGACUGUGCUGGUCAUCACGUAAGCGAGAAAUGGAACGAAACCCCAGAGCUCAAGAGUUGGUUGGUUCAGAUGAGGGCACUAAGGAGUGUUAUCACAGGGGUCCUCUGACUCGGAGGGUAGCCCAGCUCUCUGGAGGCUGGCACCUAGAUAGAACCAGGAAAGAUUUGAAUGCAGGCUAACAGCAAGCUGGCCCUCAGAUCUGUCAGUACGUUUACUGACUGCUCCUUAGCCGACAUUAUCACCGUCACACCUGCCUGUGGAGAAAGUAGUUUAGGUCCACAUUACAAUUGUGGACCCAUACAUCUUCCGAAUGUCAGGCUAUGUUGUUAGAUCUUGGGGUGGCAAGGGUGACAUCGUUUCUAUUUACGGUCUAGUGGGAGGAAACAGAUACACAGACAGAUAGCUUUAAACAGGGUGGUUUUGAGGAAUAAAUCAGAGAGAACAGCCAGAACUUGUUGACUAGUUAAACGUGGGGUUUGAGGGAAAGGAAAAGCAUCUAGGGUCCCUUCCAGGUACUGCUGACCAUUUUCUGCUCCUGAAGCUCUUUCUCCCUGGGCCUCCAUACACCUCUCUCUACCUUCGAGUUCUGUCUGCUUGGCUGACCAUUCUCUCACACUCUCCCUUGGCAGAUGCCCCUCAGAGACACAGUCCUCAAAUGCUGGUGUCUCCUGGCCCCCUCUUCAGCCGUCUGCUCUAUUGUCUGUCUUGUUUUCAUAGGGCAAGGAUUUCCAAAACUCUGUCUCUAGCUCAGACCUGUCUUCUGAACAGCACACUCGUAUUUCCCAGCCUCUACUUGGUAGUUCCAUCUGCCACAGACCCUGCAGAUUCCUUGUGCCAAGACCUCUAGACCCCAAAGCUGUGUGUCCUCCUGUGCCCCCUCCCACGUGGCCUGGGCCCCCCUCUGUAGAGGAACAUAGAAGUGGAUGGAGGUCUCAUGCAGCACUAAUAGAAGCACCCCAGCCACACGUGUAAUUUAAACUUUUCUGGUAGCCACAUUAAAAAAGCAAAAAGAAACAAAUGAAAUUAACUUUAAUAACAUACUAACCCUAUGCACCCGACAUAUUAUCAUUUCAACACCUAAUCACUAUAAAAAUUACUGAGAUAUUUUACCUUUUUUUCAUACUGCCCCUUCAAAAUUCAGUGUGUAUUUCAAUCUCUAUUUAUACUAGCUACAUUUCAAGUGCUCAACAGCCCCAUGUGGCUGGUGGUACUCGUUUUGGAUAGUGCAAGUCCAAAACGAAAAGGGUAGUAUUUGAGGCUGGGCAAAAACACUCUGGUAAGAAGUAUGAUAGAACACACAGAAGGAAGGGAUAUGUACAUGAAAGCAUCGCUAUUUUUAUGAGUCAUGUGUGUUCUCUGUUCCUUAUGGUUUUCCCCUAAUAUGUAGAGCAGCUUUUGAAAUUCUCAUCUUUCUCAGCAGUGUCAAGAUCCUACCUCUGAUUCUAGGAAGGGAUUUUCAAGGAAGAGCAGCUCAUCUCCUUGCCCCCACCCCUCCAGGGGAAUCCCAAGGUUGGAUUCUCAGCACAGAGCCCCUCCCUACUUGGGCCUUCCUUCCAAAGUUUCUUGUGAAAUCUCUGGAUUUUGUUUAAGAAGGAAGUUGCUUUUCUUCACAAUGCCUUUUCAAAAUUUUCAUACCUUGGCUGCCAAAAGCAAAAUGUAUGUACUUUACAAUAAUUAUUACAGCCAAAGCCACCAUACGUCCUGGAUCUUUCCAGCAUGGUAUUUUUAAUAUUGUCUCUUUCAGUACAUGCGUCUUGAAUUUUGGUUCAAAAAAUAGGAUCACUCUGUCACACUCUUGAGUGUGAAAUACUGGAGAGUGCUAUGGUGAUCAACCAACUGGCGCUCACCAGUUCCUGGAACUUAGAACUCAAUUCUGGAUACUUCUCUAGAAACGAUUUCCAUAGACUGCUCCUUUUCCCGGGGAGGCCAUGUCUUUUCAGAUGGAAGCAGAGCAAUAUGGUCUUUCCUUCCCUUGAGCCCCAGUUUAUGCUACUAUUGAUAGAUCAAUCUGAGUUUUAAGGGGUGCUUUUUCCAAUGCAGAGACUUAAAGUUAUGUUGAGGCAGCAAAGCUUUCUAAGAAUGUUUUUUUGGCAGUCUGAUAAAGAAGGAUUAAAAAAAAAACCCAAAAACGAUAGAGGCCCGGGACAGUGGUAUUAGCAGCUGGGACACUAGCCAGAUAUUGGUGCUCACAAAUUGGGGAGGACAAUGGACUUUACUGUUAACUAUUCAAAAUGCUGUUCACGUUCUGUAAUCGUCAACUAAAAUUAUUUCACUUUCAAGGUCUAGGCCAGUCAGGGGUGGGGUGGAGGAGGGCUGUUGCAGAGAGCCUGACUUCCACGGCGGGCGGCCCGGGGCAAGUGUCCCAGUGUCCCAACAGGCAGGCCCUCCCGCCACUGGGCGAAGGGCACCGAGAGGCAAGGGAGGGAGUCCGAGAGCGGGACGGGCGGGGGGGGGCGGGGGGGGCUCGGGGAGAGCGCGUCACUCAGGUUUUCCUGGCUGCCAGUCUCCCAGCGUCCCCAGCUUUCCAGGUAGGGACGCCCCCUCCCACGCAGCGCGGUUCGGUCGGGUGGGAAGGAGGGGCUGGCCUCCAAGCGCCCGCCCCUCCAUCUAUCACAUGGCCGGAGAGCCACAAAAACAACAGCUUUGGCCAAGACCGUGACUUCAGGAAAGGAAACCCGGGGCUCUCGCAGCCGGCCCCCACCCCAUGGAGGAGAGUUUUCUUGAAUCCUUUGGGAGGCUGAGCCUCCAGCAGCAGCAGCAGCAGCAGCAGCAGCAGCAGCAGCAGCAGCAGCAACCUCGGCCGCCGGCCCCGCCGCCCCCGCGUGGGACACCUCCGCGCCGCCACAGCUUUAGGAAACAUCUCUACCUCCUGCGAGGCCUCCCCGGUUCGGGGAAAACUACACUGGCCAGACAAUUGCAACACGACUUUCCCAGGGCUCUGAUUUUCAGCACGGAUGAUUUUUUCUUCAGGGAAGACGGUGCCUAUGAGUUCAACCCUGACUUCCUGGAGGAAGCACAUGAAUGGAACCAGAAAAGAGCCAGAAAAGCAAUGAGGAAUGGCAUAUCCCCCAUUAUUAUUGAUAAUACCAACCUCCACGCCUGGGAAAUGAAGCCCUAUGCAGUCAUGGUAUUUCAGACCGAACAAAAGAAUCUUUUCAGGCUGGAAAUGGACAUGGUAGUUUUCAGGCCAGAAAUGAAGGAACAUUCAUGGAGUCCCAAGAGAAAAAAUACACCGGAUGAAGGAACGGUAUGAACACGAUGUUACCUUUCACAGUGUGCUUCAUGCGGAAAAGCCAAGCAGAAUGAACAGAAACCAGGACAGGAAUAACCCAUCAC